UGGCUCCUUAUUCACCUUUAUAAAAUAAUCACAACUCUUCCUCCCCAUCACAUAGAGAUUUGAAAAGACCAAAAAAGACAAAAUGAUAACAGUGGAAGAUUUCUACAAGGUGAUGUGUGCGAUGGUUCCACUGUACUUCGCAAUGCUAGUGGCUUACAGUUCUGUGAAGUGGUGGAAGAUUUUCACGGCGGAGCAAUGUGCCGGAAUCAACCGUUUCGUGGCGGUGUUUGCAGUGCCGAUACUAUCAUUCCACUUCAUUUCUCAGAACAACCCUUUUGAGAUGGACACUAAAUUUAUAUUGGCUGAUACUAUCUCUAAGGUUUUUGUUUUGCUUUUGCUCUCUGUUUGGGCUGUUUUCUUCUCCGGCGGGCGGCUGGAUUGGGUCAUCACUCUCUUUUCUUUGGCUACUUUGCCUAACACUUUGGUGAUGGGAAUCCCUCUUCUCAAUGCCAUGUAUGGUGAUUUCACGCAGCCCCUCAUGGUCCAACUCGUUGUUCUUCAGUGCAUCGUUUGGUAUACAUUAUUGCUCUUCCUCUUUGAAUAUAGAGCUGCGACCUUAUUGAUACAAAACCAAUUCCCUGGCUCUACUGCCGCGGCCAUAGCUAAAAUCGAAGUCGAUGCUGACAUCAUUUCUCUUGACGGUCGAGAUAAACUCUUAACGGAAACGGACAUCGACACACGAGGUCAAAUUCGAGUACGAAUUUGCCGUUCGACCUCAUCGGCACCUAGCUCUGGCCUGUCGUCCAUCGGCAUUACUCCAAGAGCCUCAAAUCUCUCCAAUGUUGAAAUCUUCUCCAUCAAUACCCCGACUCAACCCCACGGGCCACAUCGAUCAACCGACGUGUCGUUUGACUUGGGAUCAGGGUAUGGGUCAUCGGAUGCGUACUCGCUGCAACCGACACCACGCGCAUCAAACUUCAAUGAGAUGGACAUGGCAGGGAACACGCCGAUGUGGGGGAGGUCCCCGGUGGGAGGGAGAAUAUUCCGGCAGGGGAGUCCGGUGGUGAAGAUGGCGUGGGAGUCGCCAGAGAAUGGAGUAGAGGGACAAGGAUACAAAGCUGAAUUGCCAGAAAAAGAAAUUAGCUUUAGGGACAGCUCCAUAACGGCGAUGGGUGAGGAAGUAGAAGCAAAAAGAAGCCAAGAAAUGCCCAAAGCAUUUGUGAUGAUAAAGCUUAUUCUAACAGUGGUUACUCGAAAGUUGUCUCGUAAUCCAAAUACUUAUUCAAGUGCUCUUGCCCUUCUUUGGUCCCUUGUCUCAUUCAAAUGGAAGGUGGAAAUGCCAAGUUUGGUGAAAGAGUCGAUAAAAAUAAUCUCAGAUGCUGGUUUGGGAAUGGCAAUGUUCAGCUUAGGUUUGUUCAUGGGAUUGCAGCCAAAAAUGAUAGGAUGUGGGGGAAAGAGGGCAGCUUUAGGGAUGGGAAUAAGAUUUUUGUUUGGACCCAUAGCAAUGUCAGCUGCUUCACUUGCUGUUGGCUUAAGAGGUGUUCGUUUACACACUGCCAUUGUUCAGGCAGCUCUUCCACAAGGAAUUGUGCCGUUCGUUUUUGCCCGUGAAUAUGGGUUGCAUCCUGAUAUUCUCAGUACUGGGGUAAUAUUCGGAAUGCUAGUUUCUCUACCAAUAACUCUCAUUUAUUACAUUCUAUUGGGCCUUUGAAAGAUCCAUCACAAGAACCAACAGAAAGAAGAAAAAACAUCCAAGGCAUUGAAAACAUGAGAAAAAUCGAAUCAUAAGUAGACAACUUCUUGCAGUUUGAGGGAAAAAAGAAAAAGAACAUUUCAUGUCGCCUUCAUGUUCAUUGCCGACAAUUGAUGUUGUGUUAUUGUGUAAUAUGUCGGCCCCAUUUUAACAUCGAUAUAAUAUUAUUCUACCUCCACCUUUUGUCAUUAUAAAAAUGUCUACACUCAAAAGUCAAAUGGGAUUUUAAGAUUGAAAGAACGAGACAAAUUUAUUCAAAUGUGAGUGUCUCUGAUAAUAUGAAUUUGAAAAUUUGUAUCACUAUUGUAAUAUGUGAUUGUUUUUUAUAGUAAAACUAUCAACUAUAUUAUGACGGUAA